AUGGAGGAGCUGGGGCUAGUGCCGUUUGUGACUGCUGAGGAUGUGACAAUCUACAUCCAUACUAUUGGCGACAGCACGAUGGACGGCACGUACUUUCGCGUGUCCGACUUUGAGAUUGAACCCCCCAUCGUGGCGGGGUGCGCCUCCGCCUCCGCCGACCUUGGUGCCGGCAAGCUGCUGGUGCACGACGGCGACGUGUUUGUGAACCUGGCACGCUUUAUCGAAUUUGUACACAUAGCCGUCGAGUCCGCGAGCCUGACCCCGUACUGCGACUGGUACACGGAGAUGCACGAUGUGCUCGCAAACAAUCAGCUGGAGGGCAAGCUCAUGCUUGCAGACCACCUGCUGGCCGAUGUUCUUAACCCCGACAUCGAGACCGCGACCCUGGUGGUGGUGGUCGUGGCGUUUGUGAUGAUGGCGGCCAUCGCCAUCGCCAUUGGGGUGUGGUCUGACUGA